GGAUGAACCCCAUUUCCUGAUCAACUCUAAAAUUCCCCUUUCUAAUUGCAAUUCCCCCAAGUUUUCUCACAAUUCCAAAUGCUAAUCACAACAUUGCAGUAGCGCCGCUUCUGGUAAUCACUGAAUCAAGGUUUUGUGUGUGUGUGUGUGUGUUCAAGUGGAUCUCAGAUUCCAUGGGACUGUGUCAUGGAAAGCCCAUUGAAGAUAACCCAAAACCCAUCUCGGAAAAUCUCGGUUCAUCCAUCCAAACUGAAACCUCCACAACCCCGACCACUUUCCCCUUCUACACCCCCAGUCCUCUGCCCAAUCUCUUCAAGACCUCUUCUCCGGCCAACUCCAGCCUCUCCUCCACCCCUCUCCGCUUCUUCAAGCGUCCCUUUCCGCCGCCUUCUCCGGCCAAGCACAUUCGGGCUCUCCUCGCCCGCCGCCAUGGCUCCGUCAAGCCCAAUGCCGCUUCUAUCCCUGAAGGAAGUGAGUGCGAUGUAGCCUUGGAUAAGAACUUCGGCUACUCCAAGCACUUUGCCACCUACUAUGACCUUGGCGACGAAGUGGGCCGCGGGCAUUUUGGCUACACUUGCUCUGCCAGGGCGAAGAAGGGCUCUCUUAAAGGCCAACAAGUGGCUAUCAAAAUCAUCCCCAAAUCAAAGAUGACUACAGCAAUAGCUAUAGAGGAUGUGAGAAGAGAAGUGAAAAUACUGCGAGCUCUCACUGGACAUAAGAACUUGGUGCAGUGCUAUGAUGCAUACGAAGAUGACGAUAAUGUCUACGUUGUCAUGGAGUGAGUAUAUAUUGUGCCUACCAUCUAAACCGUCUUAUAAAGCAAGGGGAGAACGCUUUUUA